UCUCUCUCUCUCUCUCUCUCUCUCUCUCUCUCUCUCUCUCUCUCUCUCUCUCUCUCUCUCUGUCUCACUUCACUUCAUCCCCUCUUUCUGUUGGUAAAAACAGAAUCAAUCUUGGAAAGUGCAAAUCGCCUCUUUUCCUCACCCCCUCUAUACUCUAUUGGAUAAAGGAAUAUAUGGCCAUAUACUCCUCCUUCUUCUCUCUUUCCUGGAAAGCUGCUGUAUCAUCCUUCCCUUCAUUCUUAAUUUCCUUUUUGGGCUUUGAUUCUUUUUUCAGCAUGUCUACCCCGGUCUCUCCGUCUCCAUCUCUUUCCCCCCUGGCCCUGUCCUCCCCAUCUCCCUCCUCCUCCCCGCUCCCCUCUCCUCUUUCUCCUCCCCCCAGGCUGCCAGUCUUCCAGAGGAAGGGAGCUCUCAAGCACAAGAGGGUCAUUGAAGUGAAGGACCACCAGUUUACAGCCCGAUUCUUCAAGCAGCCUACUUUCUGCAGCCACUGCACUGACUUCAUCUGGGGAAUUGGCAAGCAAGGAUUCCAGUGUCAAGUCUGCAGUUUUGUGGUGCACAAACGCUGCCAUGAGUUUGUCACUUUUACUUGUCCCGGAGCCAUCACUGCUCCCAAAGAGGAUCUCAAGAGCAAGCACAACUUUAAAGUACAUACAUACUCCAGUCCAACCUUCUGUGAUCACUGUGGGUCUCUGCUGUAUGGCCUCAUACAUCAGGGCAUGAAAUGUGCCUGUUGUGAAAUGAAUGUACACAAGCGCUGUCAGAGCAGCGUCCCCAGCCUGUGCGGACAGGACCACACUGAGAAAAGAGGACGGAUUCGCCUGACCGUGCGUGGAGAGAAAGAGGACAUAUAUAUCACAGUCCAUGAAGCACUUAACCUGAUACCCAUGGAUCCUAACGGCCUGUCGGACCCUUAUGUGAAGCUCAAACUCAUUCCUGAUCCAAAAAGCCAGAGCAAACAGAAAACCAAAACCAUCCGUUCUACACUCAACCCUAUCUGGAACGAGAGCUUCACCUUUUCAGUGCGUGGGAGGCAGUGGGACAGGCGUUUGUCUGUAGAGGUCUGGGACUGGGAUCGGACCUCACGGAAUGACUUCAUGGGCGCUCUGUCGUUCGGCGUUAGUGAGAUAUUCAGACGUUCAGUCAGCGGCUGGUUCAAACUACUCAACCAGGAUGAGGGAGAGUAUUAUAACAUCCCUGUACCUGACCCAGACCUGCAGGUACCAGAAUGUGCUAUCACACCCUCUGUUCCUCCUGAUCAUCUUACUGUGACGACGCCUGUUCCUACUGUGACCCCUCCUGCUCUGAGUCCGACUCCCACUGCACUGCACACGAGCAAAGGCCAAGUCAGGCUACACGAUUUCAACUUCCUCAUGGUUCUGGGCAAAGGGAGCUUUGGCAAGGUCCUGCUGGCAGAGGAGAGGGGCAGCGAACGCUUGUUUGCGGUGAAGGUGUUGAAGAAGGAUGUGCUGUUUCAGGAUGAGGACACAGAGAGCGCUAUGGUGGAGAGAAGAGUGCUGGGCCUCGUGGGGCGACCUCACUUCCUGACCUCCCUGUACUGCGCCUUUCAAACCGAGGAUCGUCUGUAUUACGUAAUGGAGUACGUGAACGGUGGUGAUCUUAUGUUUCACAUCCAAAUCGUCGGCAAGUUUAAAGAACCGCAUGCAGCGUUCUAUGCUGCUGAGAUCGCAGAGGGUCUGUUCUUCCUGCACAACAAAGGCAUCAUAUACAGAGAUCUAAAGCUGGACAAUGUCCUGCUGGACAGUGAAGGACACAUAAAGAUAGCAGACUUUGGGAUGUGUAGGGAAGGCAUGAUGGAAGGGGACACCACUCGGACCUUCUGUGGCACACCUGAUUACAUCGCACCUGAGAUUGUGGCGUAUCAGCCGUAUGGUAAAGCAGUGGACUGGUGGUCAUAUGGAGUCCUGCUCUAUGAGAUGCUGGCUGGGCAGCCUCCUUUUGAUGGCAUAGAUGAGGAGGAGCUGUUUCAGUCCAUCAUGGAACAGAGCGUUUCAUAUCCGAAGAGUCUCUCUCGGGAGGCUGUGGCCAUCUGCAAAGGGCUCCUUACCAAGAACCCUGCUAAGCGUUUGGGUGGAGGAGAGGAUGCAGAGAGAGAGCUGCGGGAGCAUCCUUUUUUCCGCUGGAUAGACUGGGACCGACUGGAGAGACUGGAGAUACAGCCUCCCUUCAAACCCAGAAGUGGAGGCAGAAAAGCAGAGAACUUUGAUAAGUUUUUCACAUCCGCUCCCUCCGCCCUCACGCCAUCUGACCCGGAUGUUCUCGCCGCUAUAAGUCAAGAAGAAUUCCAAGACUUCACCUACAUAAACCCGGAAUUUCCUCCCUCACCCCUAACAGCUGUCUGAGAAAACCUCAAUCAAUCCACACCAACCAUCUUUUCAAUUUCUGCUCCUGUUCACAAUUUUACCAAUGGUGACCAAAAAAAAGAAA